AUGGCACCAGCUGCAGUUUCAGCCGAGUCCUCCGGCACGACGACUCCAACGACAAAGUCCGCUUCCGCCCUCACUCAAGCCGGCAUCAAACACAUGCGCGCCGGCAGCAGCACACAAGCACCCCUAGACGCCUCCCUCAUGACCACGGAGUUGACAAAAUCACCUCGCGCCGUACCCGAGCCUGAGAGCCCUGAGGUCCUCGCGCAGAAAACCUGCACCGACCACAUGGUCACCGCAAAAUGGACCGUCGAAUCUGGCUGGGAAGCCCCCGAACUCAAACCCUACGGCGCCUUCUCCAUCAUGCCCACCGCCAGCGUCCUCCACUACGCCACCGAAUGCUUCGAAGGCCUCAAACUCUACCGCGGCAACGACCGCAAACUCCGCCUCUUCCGCGUGUCCCGCAACUGCGAGCGCAUGCGCAAGUCCGCCGCACGGAUCGCACUUCCCGACUUCGACCCCAGGGAGCUGGAGAAGCUGAUCAAAGCCCUCUGUGCGCGGGACGGGGCGAAAUGGUUGCCCAAGGACCGCCCAGGGUUUCUUUACCUGAGGCCGACGAUGAUUGCGACGGAUGCGGCGUUGGGGGUGCAGAGGCCGAAGGAGGCGCUGCUUUAUAUUAUCCUGGCGUGUUUUCCGGAUAUGAGUAAGAGUCUUGGUGCGCCUGCGCCGCCGGCGUUGAAUGGUACGGUGAAUGGGGAUGGGCAUGCGAAGCCGGCUUCGAGUGGGUUGAAGCUGUUGGCGUCGAAUGAGGACAGUGUUCGUGCGUGGCCGGGUGGGUUUGGGUUUGCGAAGGUUGGGGCGAAUUACGGUCCUUCGCUUGUGGCGCAGGGGGAGGCGAGGGCGAGAGGGUUUGAUCAGGUGCUGUGGUUGUUUGGGUCGGAGUGUUACGUUACCGAAGCCGGCGCGAGCAACUUCUUCGUGGUCUGGCGGAACAAGGAGACUGGACGACUGGAGCUGGUGACUGCGCCGCUGGAAGAGCGUAUCAUCCUUGAAGGCGUGACGCGGGCGUCCGUUCUCCAGCUCGCGAAGCAGCGACUGGCCAAGUCAAUCGAAGGAAUCGAAGCCGUGGAUGUGGUCGAGAAGCGCUUCGUGAUGGAUGAUAUCAUCUCCGCGUACAAGGACGGCAGACUGGUGGAAGCAUUCGCGGCUGGGACGGCUUUCUUCAUUGCGCCGGUUGGCCACAUCCAUUUCCGCGGCAAGGAGAUCCAGGUGCCAACCGAGGAGGGAGAGUCGGGUGUCUACACGCGGGUCAUCAAGCAGUGGUUGAUGGACAUAAUGUACGGCCCUGAGGAGCAUGAGUGGGGCGUCGUUGUGGACGAGGUGGCGUGA